AUGGCAGCAACUUUCUGGACUUCAGAAAAGGAGGGAGACUCUGUGGAAAGUAAUAAAAACACCGAAGGUCCCAAUAGCACAGCAAUUCCUGAUGGAGGAUGGGGCUGGCUGAUUGUUCUCAACUUUUUUCUAGUAAAUGUAUUUGUAAUUGGAACACUGAAAAACUUUGCCAUUUUCUUUGUGGCUUUUCAAGAAGACAUUGGUGGCUCUUCUGAACAUGUCAGCUGGAUUGGUUCCAUUAUGUCCUCGCUUCGAUUCCUAGCAGCACCUCUGGUAACUACAGUGUGUGAAGUGCUAGGAGAACGGAAAACUUCCUUGUUAGGGGCUCUCCUGGUUGGUGCUGGUUUUCUUAUCAGCACACUGGCCACAAGCAUUCAUUUUCUUUGGGUCUCUAUGGGACUCCUAACAGGGUUGGGUUUUUGUCUGUUAUAUCAGAUAGCUGCCGUCAUGACAGUUAAGUACUUCAGGAGAUAUCUGGCUUUAGCCAAUGCAAUUGGCCGCUCGGGAAUGGGGCUGAGUGUUGUGCUAACACCACUUGUUCAAUUCCUGAUAGACAUGUACAGUUGGCAAGGUUUCUUAUUGAUAUAUGGCGGCAUCAUGUUGAACCUUGUACCUUCUAGCCUGUUACUACGGCCAGUUCAUAAGAAAAAAACUAGAGACAUAGGUCCUAAAAGUAAAGGCCAAAUGGUUGUACUAAGUAUGUUUCCUGAAGCUUUCAAAGGCAGCCUAGAUAAAACCUGCACCAGAGAAUUGAACAUACUGGAUCUUCCCAAUCAAGAAUGUGCUAAAUCAGACAACCUGCAACAGUCUAAUAAUUUAGUCUCAAUUAUCUACAAGUUUUCUGGAAUGCCACAGAAAAACACUUGUGUGGAUGCCUAUAAGAAUGAUAACCAAACUGGUGAUCAAAUUUGCAUCCGAUCAAAUGAAGGAAAAUCCAGGGUGCAGUCUUUUAUCCAGAAGCAAUGCCAUCUUGUUGUCUCUCACCUGAAAAAUCCCUUCUUCCUUAUUUUCACGUGGUCUUUUCUCUUCAGUCAGCUUGCCUAUUUUAUCCCAACUUUCCACCUUGCAGCCAGAGCCAAAACAUUGGGUAUUGAUCCAAUGGAUACUGCUUACAUCAUAUUAGUAGCUGGGAUAGUAGAGACAGUCAGUUUACUAGUCUCUGGCUGGAUUGCUAAUCAAAAGUGGACUAAGACAUACCAUUACCAUAAAACAUACCUCAUUCUUUGUGGGCUCACUAAUCUGCUGUGUCCUCUGGCUACAACCUUUCCAUUACUUAUGAGUUACUCUGUAAUUUUUGCCAUUUUCAGUGGUGGAUAUCUUGCACUGCUGAUUCCUGUGCUGGUAGAUCUUGUAGGUGCAGCCAGAUUUCACAGUGCCUUGGGACUUGCCUCAUUCAUUUCUGGGUUUGGAGUUAUUGUUGGACCUCCUAUAGCAGGUUGGCUGUAUGAUUACACACAGACGUAUGCAUGUUCCUUCAUUUUGGCUGGUAUAUGUUUCCUUGUUUCAUCCAUUUCAUUAUUCUUGGAACCUUUAGCCCAAAAAUGGAGACACGAAAGUUGAAUCCACUAUAUCAGCAGACAAAAUUCUGCAAUUCUCCAAAGCUUGAUCUUGUAGAAGUUAUAAAUUUUCAACAAUAAACUAAUUAUGGGAUUGUGGCUACAAGGUGUCUUUCAAAAAUAUUCUGGAUAUUCUGGACGGCUAUGAGCUAUGCUGUGACUAUAUAUUGCUGUAUCGUUGCAUGUGGUCAAAUAAAAGCUGCUCAGCUAUUUGUUAUGGAUGCUUUGAUUCCUGCAAUCACCAAAGAGUCAUGGUCAAAACGAAUUGUUGUUUCAUUUAGCAAAUUGUGUUCGAGUCUGAAAAUUAUUGCAGUUAUUAUCCAAAGCAAAUGGAAAUGUUAAAUUAGAUAAUCCCUUCUCGUACCUUGACAGCUGCUUGAUCAAUAUUCCAAAAUAGAGGAACAGGGGAGAUGCAAGUUUAAGUAUAACAUCAGCUAUAUGUAGAAACUCGCAUGGUCUCACUCUUUCUCAGGCCAACCUACCUCACAGGAACGUGGCAGGGAUAA